AGCUAAUUAAUUAACAAAAGAUUCUAGAUAUCACUUUCUUUAGUUAAAAGACCUUAGUGAAGUUUGAUUAUGCCACCAUAGUUUUAGGGAUUCUGCUUUGGAAAGUCAAUGGAAACUACAAAAGAGGUCUCUAAAUGUUAUACAAAAGUAACACAAUGUUCCCACAGUGGUAUAGGCCACUUUUUAAAAAUAAUAUAAUUAUUUAUUUACAUUUAAAUAAAAAUGGAUUUUAAAUAUGCUGAUGUCAUAUUAAAAUAUGUUAUAAUCAAUGUUAUCAUGUCACUCAUUAAAAUUAGUGUUAGCAUAAAUCUGUCAUAAUCGAUUUUCUGUUUGGUUCAUAAAUGUCUUGGUAGUAUUUAGAUCUGGAAUUUUUUAUUUUAGACCUCCAGGAACAUUUGGGAUUUGUCCUAGAGAGAACUGCCAUUACAACUUUAUAAGAGUAGGAAAGUAAAUAUGGCAUUGUUCAGGUUAGGUUACUGGUAGCUAAUGGAUCAUAAAAUUGUUAAAGGAAGUGAAAAGAAACUUUGUUUAAUUGAUCCAUUUAAUCAUUUGCCAAAGUUAUGGUUCACACUUUACAUGUAAUUUGAAUCAUUAAUAUAUAUAAUACUUAAAAAAGGAGAUAUAAAAUUACCACUCCCUUUUCUUUACUAAUGAUGGAAUUGGCAUCGUAAUAUCAAAUUCUACAAAUGCCACUGUACUCGAGCACGACAAAUCUGGAAUUUGUCACUGCCUUCGAGUAUGACGACAAAGGUACUGUGUUAGACAUUCUGUAAGUUGACAUCCCAGCAGCUUAAGUGCAAGGAUCCCACCUCCAGGUUUUAAAUGUAAGGAUGGUUCUAUUUUCACCUCAUUAAAUAACUCAGUGGAGUUCAAUGCUGCCAAAUACUUUCAUAAAUUUAAUCCAGUGUGAAGAAUAGCAGUUAAAAAAGAUAAAUGUACAAAUAAUCUGAUACUGCAUAGCUCCUUAAGAUGAAAAUAUUAUUUUAAAUGUCAUAUAAAUACUACAUUGUUUUAGAUUUUGUGGAUUCAAUUCUGAAGGGUGUGUAUAGAAUGUAGCUAGUUUGUUCUGUGACUUACCUAAGGUUUUUUAUUGGUUUUACUAAAGGGAAAAUUUGAGUCUAAUCUAGAGUUGAAGACGGGCAGGUUCAAUCCUCAAGGGAUGAGAACUGAAUUAUUUAAGGUGUGACACAUCUUCACUUCACUCAGUUAGGACCAAUGGGGUUGUGCUUCUGCAUCUUUUAAGUUGCGGUCUGCAUGUAGUGGUCCUGCAGGUUGGUGCCCGGAAAAUUUACCCUGGUGGGUGUUCGGUUACCUCAGCACCCAUCAGUAGUGGAGCCAGUCCAGCCCAGUGGCUGGAGUCGCACCACGAAGCACAGUUGUCAGGGCUGUGCACUGACAGCUGUGUUACUGGGGCCCUCUAAUCCUACGGUGUGAGGCGACCCGUGCCUAGGGGAUGCAUGGCGCAAGAGUGGUGCGUCUUAAACGGAGCCCUUGGGAGCUGGGCGGACUCCCAAGUGUAAGUAGCCUUACCUGGUCAUUCGGGGCUCUCACCAGGUGGACUGUUUAUUUCCCCGGUACUCGUGGGACUUAUAUGGAGUCACAGAAUCAACAAGAAAAAUCAAACCCUACAGAUCUUGAUCUGGAAACCAUACAGCAGGCAGUAACUUCAAGCAAUCUGGUGUUGGAAGUUUCUGCCUGUUCAUCACAUACAAUUACCACCGAUAAGGAAAUGGCAGGUGGUGAUGCCAUUGUGGAAGGUAAAUCCAUGGACACCGUGUCAGAGGAAGGUGAACUGGACUAUAACCUCAAAGUACCUUUUAAAAUAAAAAAGCAAAUAUUGAAGGAGAAAAAGGUGGCUGAUGGCUCUUGGCUUCCGGAGUCAGAAUGGAGGAGGCGAAGAGGAAAGAAAUCGGCCAAUGUUAGAAAGAAAGAAGCUGCUAUUAGGAGGAAGUAUGGGUUAGUUACGGCAGUAGCUGCAGGGACGAACCCUACGUCAUCAGAUAGAAGGCUAGAACCAGUUCCAGCUAUUUCUGUAGAGACGGUUUCUACCUCAUCAGGCAGAAAGUGGGAAUCAGUUCCAGCUGUUGCUACAGGAACGUACCCUACCUUAUCAGACAGAAGGUUGGAAUCAGUUUCGGCUUUUGCUAUAGGGACAAACCCUAACUCAUCAGGCAAAAGGUGGGAGUCAGUUCCGGCUUUUGCUGUAAGGACAGACUCUACCUCAUCAGGCAGAAGAUUGGAGCCAGUUCCGGCUAUUGCUGUAGAGACGAAUUCUACUCUGUCAGGCACAAGGUGGGAGUCAGUUCCUCCCACUCCAUCUAGCAAAAGGCUGAUGUGGUCGGAUGGCUCAUCAGCAAAUGAAGUAAGGUGUCCACCAAAGAAGCGUCUAAUGGAAACUCAAACCCACACUAGUUUCCAACCUCUUUGGUCUGAAGGAACGGGAGAUACUUUUAGAGAAAUGGGGCAUAAGAUGGUUGUUGCUCCUGAAAACUACCCUGAAGAGUGCUUUUCAGAGGAGGAGGCUUCAGAGCUGCAGGGGCGCAUAUUUGAUGAGGUUUUCUCAGUCAAAGGUGUGCGCCUGCAAUUCAGGAAGUGCUUUUCUGAGAAAGGUACUUUUGUCUUACUUUGUGGAAAUGAUGAGACUAGAGAUUGGUUGCUGGAUCUGGCUCCGUGGUUGAGGGUUGGUGGCACUGAGGGGAGGGGUGUGAUCGUUGGAGACUAUAAAACCAUCAUUCGAUCUACCAAGGUCUUCCUCAAGGUCUGUGGACUUCUGGCACAGAAGGAUCCUAAGGACAUCCUGAAAUACAUUUCCAUUCAAAAUGAUGGAAUCUCUGCAGAGGACUGGAAAGUCGUUGGGAAUGUCCAGGCAGGGAAUUCUAGGACCAUUGCAUUCUUAAUUGAUGAAGAUUCUGCAGACACUCUUAGGGCGAGGAACUGGAGAGUGUUCAUUGGAAUAGAGCAGAUCCAGCUGGGGCCGAGAUUUGGGAAGGUUGAUCAUAGAGGUAAAUAUUCCUCAGAUUAACCUUCAGUACAAAACGGUGCUAGCUGUGUUGUGUAGGUAAUUAAUAGUAGAGAAAUUUUACGUUGCCCUGAGUCAGAAACCCUGAGUUAAUAAGGGUAGGGUAUCGGGGUUAUCUAUGAACAGGGUUAAGCUAGUUUUUAUCCUGUUUAAAAAAUUGGGAUGCGUAGUUCUUAGCAACAGGCUGAACAGCAUUUCUAUCUUGGAUCAUUGUUGCAGUGACCUGUCCAAUGUCUGACUAUUUGGGACUGACAAUGGUUAGCUCCUGAUGCAUUGGUCAUCAUAUUUGUGUUAUGAUGGUGUUAAGCUUCUAUCCUCCAGGAAGGCUGGUUGUCAUGGUAGACCAAGCUGGGAGGAUGGAAUCUGAUCUUCUGUGAGUUAUGCUCCAGCUUUUACAAUGAGGUGUGAGGCAGUCCCAACAUCAUCAAUAAAGAAUGGAUGGAAGCCCAACUGGUGAAUAGCACAAUAAAAGGAUGCACUACCAUAAGAAUAUACUUGGUGUUCUAUUGGUGCUAUUUAGUGAUAUGGAGAUGCAUAUUCAUAAAAAGUGUCAUUACUACAGUUUCUACAACAGGCAAAACUGUUUUUGUUGCAGGUUCUUACAGAAGACUGUACUAGCCUAAUAAAACUACCAAAAGAUGACUGGUGUUGUCUUUAUAAUACUAUACUAUGUUGAACAUUCAGUUGUGGAUAGAGUGUGCAAAGUGAGCAGUAAAGACCAAAAAGGAGGUGCAUACAGCUCAAUUAUCUCAGUUAAGUGCUGUUGCCAUGCAGUUUCCAUCACAAUUCAUGACAUUUUGGCUGAGGUGGAGAGACAUAUUUAGGCCUGUCUAUCUCAUGGUGCCUUGUCUAAAGCCAUGCAUUGCAGUUGCUCAGACCUUCACCGAGAAUCAAGCAAGGAAGAUCCUUAGAGAAGGUUGAUCUCAAGUAGAACGCUGAUUCACUGCUGUUCAGAAUGAAAAAUCAAUUCUGCUGAUAUUAACUGCAAGCCAUCAAAAAUGUCAUAUGAUAUACCAGAGCGGUUGAAUGAAGAAUUGAUCCGUGCGUGCUUGCAAAGUGGAAAUGUAAAGAAAUUUAUUGUUAUAAAAAAAAGGAAUAUGGAGUGGGUAGUCCCUCCUGGAAACAAUUACGAUGGCUACCUGAGACAUAUAGUAUUGAAGUAUCAAGGAGAUUUUCGAGAUACUCAUAGUUCAUCGUGAUUGUUAAGGAACUUUCAACAGCUUUCAAAGAUGCUUUUAACCUGUUUUCUCAUUCAGAACAUACAUUAUAUUACACUUUUUUUGCCAGAAAUGUAUAAAAUUUCACCAAUAGUUGACUUUAUGCCUAAACCCUAUGUUUCACGUGCUCCACAUGUAAUUAUUAUUGUAGCUUUAAAGACUAGUGAAUAUUUGAUGGCCAAUCGUUGCAAAUUGUUAGAUUUUGAUCAUUGCCAAGUGUAUGUUAGUGCAUGAUCUUUCAUGCAGUUUCAGUGGCUGAAUUACAAUGUUUUCUUCAUAAUUAGUCUAACAUUGUUUGGGACUUGACAGUUGAAGACCUUAAAUAUCAUUUAAAUAGUAAUACUCUACAUCAGGGCAACCUUUGGACCACUAACAUGAUGUUCAAGUAUAACUCUUCAGGGAAGGUGACAUGUUUCAAACUAUUGGACUUCAAGAAGUUGAGAUACUCUUCUCCUGUAAAUGAUUUGAUUUUCUUCUUGUGGACAAGUGCUACACCCAUGAUGUGCGUGAAAGCAAACUAGAUCUUUACCACUUUUACUGCAAAACUCUAAAUGAGAAGCUAGAAGAGUAUGGAUGCUCUGAGAGACUUUCUUACACCCAACUGUUUGAAGAUGUGAAGCUUUUAAAUCCCAUGGUUUUAAUGGCGUGUGCAGAAGUAUUGUGGUCUAAAAACACUGACGAAAAUAAAAUGUUGUGAAAUUCAGCUUCCUAGGAUUCUGAAGCAGUUGGAACAAGUUGAUGUUUUGGAUUACAUUGAAUUUUGUUUAUCUCAAAACAUAAACUUCUAACAAAAUAUAGUAACUAGUACGUGAAUAUUUUAAAGAAUUAUUUCCUCUCUUUGUUUCAUAUUAUCUUGUUUUGUAUUAUCUAAGAUUUCCAUGUGAUUAAAUAAAUAAAUUACUGCCUUAGUUUUAUUAAUAGAAAAAUUUUUUUGUAUGCUAAUUUCUUAACAACCAACAAACCAACAAAUGUAUGUAUUUUAGUAACUUAAUAAAUGUUUUCUUUUAAGUGGC